CCCACCUUGGAAAAAUACCGAAAAUUUUUAUUAUGUCAAACCUGGAAGAUGGCGAACUUUGAUAAAAUUUCUAUUAAUUGACAUAAUACUGUCUUGUUUGAAUAUUCCACUUUCAUUUCCUUAUUUAAAAGAACCGAUAACCUCAUGUAAUAUCGAAUCUUUAGACUCAUCAGAAUAUGAAUGGUGUAAUAUCCUAAUUUUAUGUGAAAAAGUUUAUGUGAUUUUAAAGUCUUGGGUUAUUUAUCAGUAUCAAUAUAUAAAAGGAUUAUACUUAAUAUGGAUACGCAAAGAAAAGUUGAAAAGGCAAAGUGAAACAGAAAUCGAAGAGUCUAAAGAUUUAAUUAGUAAGAAUGUUGAAGAUAGUGACGGUAAUGAGAAUGCUAAAUUCGAUAUUAAUGAGACUAAUGGAUUUGAAAUAGUUACAACUAAAUAA